UAGCUUGGUUUUGUCUUGUUUUCAUCAUUUUUAGUCGUCUUGAGGCCCUCUAGUGGACGUCGCAGGCCUAGUUGAGAACCACUGAAUCAUUACAGUGUGUAUGUGGCCAAAAAGAGAUGAAACUGCGUGUGAGUCGUGUUGUGUUUAAUAGGUCUGUACGGUCUGGUCUAGUGUUGUCAGUAUUUGAUUGUGGAGUAUUCCUGUAACACGCCGUACAUCAGUACUGAUGGAAAAGGGAAGAAACUGAAGGACAGGGAAGGAGGCACAGACAGAGGGUUCGAGAAUGAGCGCUGAUCUCUCCGGGAUGGAGACUGAGCUACAUUUUACACGCGAAGAGAAAUGAGUUUCCCUCAGGGACACACACACACACACACACACACGCUGAGACAGAGCGAGACUGAAGUACUUCAGCUAGUGCAAGUGAAGCGACUGACGGACACACAGCUGCAUCAGUGACACAGAACCCAACGACAUGCAGGAUUUAACAUCAGGUUUUCUGAGUUUGCGUGUCAUCGGUCAUGGCGCUGGUCCAGUCUCUCCCUGUGUCCAUUGACCAUCCAGGACCAGGCCUGGACCCGCGUCUCCAUCCCGCCUCGCCUCCUCUGAUGGGAGCGAUGGGUGCCGUCAGCAGCAUGAUGCAGAGUCACGUCACUUAUCCUGACCGCGCAAACAUAGAGGUCAGCACCAAAUUCCGCAAGGGCACACCGGGCUCCGGACGCCUGCUGUCCGAAACCUCACAGGGAAGCCGGACUCCGUCCAGCAAGAGGAGGGCCGUCACCAGCAGAGCCAAGGGCUUCGGGACUCGCUCAUAUUCACAUGAGGACUUGAUAAGAGACUGGAACGAUAAUCAUUUGGAUGUGGGUUCAACUGGUGUGGACGGACCUCCGAAACUGGUUCCAGUGUCUGGACAAUUAGAAAGAAACGUUCAGCAGGCCAUAAUCAGACCCACUGCCUUCAAACCCGUGGUCCCUCGGAGCCGUAACGGCGUGCAGUAUCUGUCCCCGCAGCUCAGAGCCGGUCUGUCGGGAAGCCAAGGAAACCUCAGCAUGCUUUCUCCAGAAGACGAAGACAUCUCGCCCAUGACGACGGAACGGCGCAGCUCUUUCAGCGGCGCUCGUAACGCUUUGUUCAGCCAGUCCUUUACCAUGACGGACACGGCACGCAACUCCUUAACCAACCUGCCGGCGUAUAACGGGCCGAGCCAGAGCCAGAGCCAGAGCGAGGCCGGCAAACAUCACGGACACUCCAACUCCGACAGCGGCCGCUCCUCGUCCAGCAAGAGCACGGGCUCCCUGAGCGGCCGCGGCCCGCUGCUGACCGACCCGCUGAGCCCGCCGCCCAUCGAGGCCUACGAGGCAAUCGUCAGAGACCUGGAGGACAAACUGAGGGAUCGAGACCUGGAGCUUCAGCGGCUCCGAGAAAACCUGGACGAGAACGAAGCAGCUAUCUGUCAGGUGUACGAGGAGCGUCAGAAGCGCACGGAGCUGGAGAUGGAGGAGUUCAGACAGACGUGUGCAGCUAAGAUGCAGAAGGCGUCUCAUAAGGCGCAGCGCGAGCAGCAGCUCCUGCAGCUCCAGAUGUUUCAGCUGCAGCAGGAGAAGAAGAAGCAGCAGGAGGACAUGACGCAGCUCCUGCAGGAGCGCCAGAGGCUCGAGGAUCGCUGCGCCUCCUUCGAACGAGAACACACACAGCUGGGGCCCAGACUGGAGGAGACCAAGUGGGAGGUGUGCCAGAAGUCUGGAGAGAUUUCCCUGCUGAAGCAGCAGCUAAAGGACCUCCAGGCCGAUCUGGCGCAGCGCGUUGGUGAGCUGGUGACGUUACGAGGACAGCUGCGAGAGGUUCGAGCCGAGCUGCAGACGAAUCAGACUCAGCUGCAGGAGGCGCACACGGCCUCGCGCACACGGACGCUGGAGCUCGAGGUCUGCGAGAACGAACUGCAGCGUCGCAAGAGCGAGAACGAGCUGCUCCGGGAGAAAAUGAGCCGUCUGGAAGACGAGUCGUCUCACCAGCGUCUGAGCGCAGACGACAGCGAGGAACUGAACGCUUCAAAGCAGCAGGUUGAGCGAUUAAAGGGGGAGCUUGCUUACGAACGCCAGCGGUUCUCUGAUCGCACGUCUGCGUUCGAGAGCGAGAGAAAGAGCUGGGAGGAGGAGAAAGACAAAGUGAUUCGAUAUCAGAAACAGCUGCAGCAGAACUACGUGCAGAUGUACAAAAGGAACCGAGAUCUGGAGCGAUCGCUCCGGCAGCUCAGCCUCGAGCUGGAGUCCCGAGAACAGGAUGAUGACAGCAGCGGAAAUGAAGUCACGUUUGACGACAUCGCUGCUACCGAGAUCUGAAACAAGUAAUCGUCUACUGCUGCACUCAUUUCAGAUUUCCUCUGCGUAAAAUGCAACUAAGUUCUGUUCUUAAAUAGUGCUGUCAAAUGAUUAAUCGCAUCCAAAAAAAGUUUUUGUUUACGUAAUAUAUGUGUACUAUGUAUAUUUAAAUAUAGUAUAUAUUUAUCUUCAUAUAAUUUUUAUUAUAUAUCAAUAUAUUUAAUAUAUAAACAUAAUAUAUUUUUCUUAAAUGUCACCCUGGACCACAAAACAAGUCGUAAGGGUCAAUUUUUUGAAAUUUAGAUUUAUGCAUCAUCUGUAAGCUGAGUCCAAGCUUUCCACUGAUGUAUGGUUUGUUGGACAAUAUUUGGCUGAGAUACAACUAUUUGAAAAUCUGGAAUCUGAGGGAGCAAAAAAAUCUAAAUAUUGAGAAAAUCUCCUUUAAAGUUGUUCAAAUGAAGUUCUAAGCAAUGCAUAUUACUAAUCAAAAAUGAAGUUUUGAUAUAUUUACGGUAGCAAAUGUACAAAAUAUCUUCAUGGAACACUAUCUUUACUUAAUAUCCUAAUGAUUUAUUGGCAUAAAAGAAAAAUGUAUAAUUUUGAGCCAUACAAUGUAUUGUUGACUAUUGCUACAAAUAUACCUGUGCUGCUUAUGACUGCUUCUGUGCUCCAGGGACACAAAUAUAUACGUGUGUGUGUAUAUGUAUAUAUAUAUAUAUAUAACAAAUAUACAUAGUACACACACAUUAUGUAAACAAAAACUUUUAUUUUGGAUGUGAUUAAUCGUGGUUAAUCAUUUGCGAGUACUAUUCUCAAAAGAGAGUUUGGGCUGUUCACAAAGAACACGUUUUUUACACAUGGGCAGUAGAAUGGGGAAAGAAAACGUGUGUUUUUUGAUAAUUGAACAACUUUUAAGGUGAGCACUGCAUUUUUAGAAUGCCAAUUUAUGCAUGGAAUGCUGCAAGCGCAUCUGUCUUGCAUCGAAAAACAAUGUAAUAUUAUAGUGGAAUGGGAAAACGCAUUCUUUGUGAACGGCCCUUAAUCUACUGCAGACAGCACAGAGUUCAGUGCCGUUCUUAAGUAUGUUACAUGAGUUAUGUGGCCCAAUAAUUGAUGAAACUUCAUUAAAUUGACUCCGUGUCAUUUUGGGCACACAGCUUGUAAACUCACAGAAGUGCACUUUUGUGUCAUUAGCUACGUUUCCAUCCAAUGUUGCAAAUUAAUCUUGGAAUAUCGCAUAAAAUAUUUGAGAAUAAAGCGCCUUUCUUUUGGUGCAAGUAAAUCACUCUUAAAAUACUAAAAAGUUGUCUGUGCAUCUUGGUCUGCGGGGUUUUGGUGCCAUGUCAAAAAAAAAAAAAAAAAAAUUAAAUGAACAUUGUGGGAAUGAAGUCAUAGCAUUGUAAGAUUUAAGUCAUAAUAUUUUGAAAAUAAAGUCAAAAUGACCACAGCGAAGUCAGCAAUUCUAAAGAAUAAAGUUGCAGAAAUAAGAGAUUAAAGUCUAAAUUUUAUAUAUUUUGAGAAUAGUCAAAAUUAUGAGAAAAAUUGUAGCAGUACAAGAAUAAAGGCAUAAAAAUACGAGGUUAAAGUCGUAGUACUAUGAGAUUAAAGUUUUGAUUUUGAAAGAUUUAGAAAAUAGUAAAAAUUACAAGAAUAAAGUUGUAGCAUUGUGAGAUUAUUUUUGAAAUAUGACUUUAAAAAGUCAAAAUUACCUGAACAAAGUCGUAGCAAUAUGAGAAUAAUGUCAUAGAAAUAUGAGAUUGUUGUAAUAUUUUGAAAUAGUUAAAAUUUCUAGAGAAAAAAUUGCGAGAAACAACACUGUUUGGCAGCUUCUAUGCAAGAAAUUGACUUUUUAUUUUAUUUUUAAUGUGGCACUAAAACACCGUUGUAGGCAUUUCAGAACAGCUAAAAUAGUACUUGAGAUGAUGUGUGAUGAGUUAGUCCAGUUGUCCAAUCUUUGACAAAUUCAUGUGUUGCACAUUCAGGAAUUUAUUCUGUAAAUGUGUUUCAGUCGUAGUUUAAGCACACGUUUCCAUGCAAAUUUAAAACAAACAAAAAAAGUUUUGUUUGAAUGCAAAUUUUAGAUUUUAUGCAUAUCCAUCUAGCCAUUUUUUUUAAUGCGAUAUCCCAAAAUUUGCAUUGAUUCUCACAUAAAGAUAAGAGCUCUGCUCAGAGCCUGGACUCCAGAAGCACAGUUAUACUGCGAUCGUGAAUCGUCAGAAUUAACGUAAUUGAGCGUCCAAUUAGUAAAAGCUGCUCAUGACUUUGUUGAACUCGAUUACAAAGUUAGGAACACCAGCUGCUCUUAUGUAAAAAAUAAAAUUAUUCUGUUCUUCAGUAGUUUAAUGUAUUUAUGAAGUAUUUUGCUCUUAAUAAACAACAAAGCUGCACAUGCAUCCAUAUUGGUGUUAAAUAAUAAUCUCAAAAAUAAUUCCAGUCCGAGGAUAUGAGCAGCAAGUAAUUCUGACAAGAGCUGAACUAGCUUUUUAAUAGAGCUAUUAAAAACACUAAUGUGAGGAAUAUAAACUCUUCUUUCAUAAAAGCUAUUGACUGUUAUAUUUGUACCAAAAUAAACCCAUUACUGCACACAUAAUACUGAAUAAUAUAUAGAUGCGUACAUAUAGAAGCCACUGUGAAUAGACCAAAGCGUUGCUUGUAUCUUGUGGGUGAUUGUGGCGGUGUUGUAAUUUUUUAAUUAACAGUAUUUGUAUGAAGCCGAUACAUUGUAUAUUUUUCGUGCUGUAUAUUUAAUGUUCCUAUGAGCUGUUUGUAAUUAAAAACCUGCAAUGACUCACAUUCACUGGUAUUUUAUUCAGUAUUUAUGUUCUUAAAUGUCCGCAUCAAAAAAUGUUUUUGUUGGAUGUGAUUUCUGAGGAAUGGAGCCGGUAGGAAAGUUCUCAUGACUCUGACUAACGCUAUAUAAAAGUUAUAGAAAUUCUAGGACAAAUCGUUCCUAAAAUAAUGUUCAUGGAACACUUAUAAUUAUAUUAAUGUUACAUAUACAUUCUCAAUGUUAAGAAAACGUUCUGAGACCAUUCUCAAAAUGUUAUUUGUACUUAAAUGCUCUAAGAAACAUUUCUGUAACCUUUAAAUAACGCUCUUGGAAUAUUAAAAAUAAACAUUAAAAUAAUGUUAUAUUUUGGGUAAAAAUAAAAUUAGUAGAAUGUUUUAAGAAUAAUUUUUGUAACCUUUUAGAUAAUGUUAAAAUCACAACGAAAAACGACAUUUUAAUGUUCUUAGAAAAUUAAAAAUAAACAUUCAAAUGUCAUAUUUUGGGUAAAGAUAUAAAGUUAGUAGAAUGUUGUAAGAAAUGUUUUUGUAAUCUUUAAAGAACAUUCUAACCACAAGAAAACGUUCAUAAAACAUCACAAAUAAACAUUCAAAUAAUAUUUUGGGUGAAAAAGUUAGAAUGCUGUAAGAAGCACGUUUGCAACCUUUAAAUAAUGUUCUAAUCAUGACAAGAAAACUGGUCAUUUUAGAAUCACUUUCAAAUGAUAUUUUGGGUAAAAAUACAGUAGAAUAUUGUAAGAAAUGCUUUUAUAACCUUUAAAUAACGUUCUUAUUAACAUCAAGAAAACUGGACGUUUCAAUGGUUUAGAAACAUUUCAAAACAAUGUUCCCACAAUAUUCUUAUAACCUAAAUUUGUUACUUGGCGAUAAUGUUGGUUUAUUUUCCUGACAUGAUUAGAGAACACGGUGUAGAACAUUGCUGGAUUUGUGGAUUUAUAUUUUAAAUUCGACGAAUAUUCAGAAUUCAAAUUUUUUUUGACAGCCCUACUUCUGACUGAAGAGUCGCUGUGUUUUCAUGAGAUUGGCUCAGUCACAGCGCUCGUUCUUCACUCUAGAAUGAUUUAUUUAACUUCUUAUUUUUUUCUUUUCUUUCAAUGUAUGUAAUAAUGUAUGGAUGUUAAGUGUUGUGUGGACCCCAGGAAGACUAGCAAUGCUUUAGGGGCCUAGCUACUGGGGAUCCAAAUAAACAAACAAAU